CCGGUGGUAGCCCGGUGAGCAGGGUAGCGGGCGCACGCACACAGACCACCCGACCCAGGACCGUGCGCUCGACGGCCGCGGCGGCCGCGCUCCCGGCCAGACGUCCAGUUCUUCUGUGAAUACCGACCGCGAGGCGGGUGGCAUCGGUGAGCGUGACAAACACACCGGCAUGUUUACAACGCUUAAAUCGGCAAGCUGUUGAUCAUCACUACGUCAUCCGAGAUGGCCGCCGACAGAGGCCAGCAGAAAGCGCUGAACGUCGAGAUGGCAACGCAUGACAACAGUCUACACGGAGCCAACGGUGCUCCGCAGGCGCCGAACGCGCAGGUGAUAGCGCUGAAGUCGGACGAGCCGGACCGCGAGACGUGGUCGGGAAAGCUGGACUUUGUCCUCUCGGUGGUCGGCUACGCUAUCGGCCUCGGCAACGUCUGGAGGUUCCCCUACCUCUGCUACAAGAAUGGUGGAGGCGCCUUCCUGAUCCCGUACCUGCUGACGGUGGCCACGUGCGGCGUGCCCAUGUUCCUGCUGGAGGUGUCGCUCGGCCAGUACCUGUCCAUCGGAGGACUCGGCGUCUGGAAGAUCAGUCCGGCCUUCAAGGGCGUUGGGUUCGGAGCAGUGAUCCAGUGCAUCUGGCUGAAUAUCUACUACAUUGUGGUGCUGUCAUGGGCGCUCUUCUACUUUUUUCUCUUCCUUGCGACGCUGCCCUGGGGCGAAUGCGACAACUGGUGGAACUCGGCCACGUGCGUCAGCCCAUACGAACGUGACAAGCUCGACUGCUGGACCGAGAGCUUGAGCAAUUUCAGCAGCAGGACCUACUGUCAGCUGGAGAACUAUGUCGUCAAUGAGAAGGACAUGACGGACCCCGUGCGGGAGUUCUGGGAGCGCCGUGCGCUCGGCAUUUCGAGCGGCAUCGAAGACAUGGGCUCGGUGCGCUGGGAGCUGGUGGGCACGCUCGCCCUGGCCUGGGUCCUCUGCUACUUCUGCAUCUGGAAGGGUGUCAAGUACACUGGAAAGGUGUUGUACUUCACGUCACUCUUUCCGUACGUGUUGAUGACCAUUCUGCUGGUUCGCGGCGUCACUCUUCCGGGAGCCAUCGAGGGCAUCAAGUUCUACAUCCUUCCGGACAUCAGUAAGCUGACGGAGGUCAAGGUGUGGAUUGACGCUGCCACCCAAGUGUUCUUCUCGUACGGACUGGCCCUGGGCUCUCUCAUAGCGUUGGGCAGCUACAACAAAUUCAACAACAACGUGCACAAGGACGCCAUGAUCAUUUGCACUAUCAAUUCCUGCACAUCGAUGUUCGCCGGCUUUGUCAUCUUCUCGGUGAUCGGCUACAUGGCCACGCUGCAGGGAAAGCCGGUGGAGGAAGUGGCGGCGGCAGGCCCUGGUCUGCUGUUCCUGGUGUAUCCGUCAGCCCUCCUGCAGCUGCCGAUCAGCCCGCUGUGGUCGGCGCUGUUCUUCCUCAUGGUUCUCAUGCUCGGCCUCGACUCUCAAUUCUGCACGAUGGAAGGGCUCAUCACCGCGGUGGUGGACGAGUUUCCGCGCGUGCUGCGGCGUCCCGGCAGAAGGGAAAUAUUCAUCGCAGUCUACUGUGUUGUGUCGUUUCUGGUCGGCAUAAGCAUGGUCACGGAGGGUGGCAUGUACCUCCUGGUGAUCUUCGAGGACUACGCCGCCUCCGGCAUGGCGUUGCUGACUCUCAUCUUCUUCGAGUGUAUCGCCAUCGGCUGGGGAUUCGGCGUCAACCGCUACUUCGAGGCGAUCAAGGAAAUGGUCGGCUACUACCCUUUCAUCUGGUUCAAGCUCUGCUGGACGGUGAUCUGUCCGGCUGUCACCAUGAGCGUGCUGAUAUUCAACGUAAUAAACUUUACCCCCGUCAAGUACGUGAACUACGAGUACCCGUGGUGGGCGCACAUGAUCGGCAUCAUGUUGGGCCUCUCCUCCAUGCUCUGCCCGCCCGCCUACUUCCUCUACUCCUUCGCGAACGCGACCGGCACCGUCAGAGAGCGCCUUAAGAAGAUAUGUCGUCCGGAGACCGGGAAGAUAACAAACAAGAAUUUGGGGACAUUUGACUCCAUGCUCUAGAAGUGAGCUGGUUCCAGUUCAAACUGAACUUGCGUGACAUUGCGUGCCGUGGCAUUUGUCGCCACAACUGCGGCAAACUGUCAGUGGCCUGCUAGUGCUCGCUGCACGAGCUCCGGCGUCCGCUCAUGCUGAGUUUGGUGCCGGGAGGAUUUACCUGCGACUCUGUCUUGAGCGUCUCUACACAGUCUUCCAGCAUGUGAUGAACGUGGAUUGUGCACUUUUUGCAAUCUUGUUAUGAGUCGUGCUUUCCUUUCCACAUCUUUUCCGUGAGGUAUGGAUCUCUCGCGGGACUUCUAAUACUGCUCUAUGCGGCUCUCUUACGAGCUAUCGAUGCUGUAACUCUAAUGAAAAAGCAGGCCGCUCGUCUUAUCUCGCCACUUUGUCUUCCAGAUGAGUCUCACCUGUCGUCUUCCAUUUUCCAGCGCUCAUUGCUGCUGUCUGCUUGUGUCGCGCGUAGAUGUCGCAGUUGUCAUGUACUUGCAGAGGACUCUUCCAGUCGUUCGUAUGCAUUUGCGGACCGUUAAGAAAGCUGUGUCUGGUGGAUGACUAUUAGAGCGCUCGAGCUGCAACUGAGGCACAUGAUUGGUGAGGAGGUUGUACAGUUAAGUGUCACACACCAUAUGAAUAGAAUCGCGACGACCGGCAAGUCUUGAACGCACCCGACCGCUGGGCCUGACUUGUUAACGUUUGGGCCUUUGGCCGACCUGUGUACAUUGAUAUGUGUGUUUGCAAGUGGGCAUUGUUGCAAACCGCUUGCCUUUAAAGGCUACGAGCGACGUUGCACAAAGUGACAUUACACGAAUAUUGCAUAUCGUAGGUAGUGUUGCAUCGUUUGUAAUGUAAACAUGCUUGGCGCGGAGCUUUGUAGGUUAUUGAAUUUUAGCUUUAUUUAGCUGCUCUGUCCCGUCUGCCGGAAUAUGUGCUCCUGGGCCGUGUCGCAUUUUUCAGCCUCAAACUGGACACGCCGAGGUGCGCCGAUAAUGCUCAUCGUAUCAUUCAGCCUUGUGUGCGUUUUGCUCUCUUCGUUUUGCCAUGGCUGACUCGGGUUUCACCUUCAUUCAUUUUACAUUUAGUGGUCGGUAAAGUAUUUUUCGCUCCCUGCCUUUGCAUUUAUAGCAGUAAGCUUGAGUGUUCUGUGUGCUUAAAUCCGGCACCAUCCGGAAGGUUCCGCCGCCCGCGACCAUCCGAGAAGUUAAAAGUCAUUCCCACCUGAUAUACGUAAGCUGAUAACCCUGGUCAAAUUCACACAUGAAUCCAAAAACUGACUUCUAGCACAUGACCAACGACAUCGUGGGCGACGCAAAAUGAUCUAAAAGCCACCAGCAUCUUUGAAGGCUUCAGGUCCUACAAGCACUUGCUACACUGGCCGCACAAUUUGACAAUCUGAACCAAACGCAUGAGCAUAUUCCGUGAUUCAAAAUCACAUCAUGUUUGCAAGGGCCAGGGUGAGGUUAGCUCUAGUCAUGCUAGGUUAAACUCCGGCCACUCGUUCGAGCAUCGUUGUCCGCCCCCAUGGCUCAUACAUAAGUUGGUGGUUUGGAAUAGAAUCAGCUGUACUAACUUACCUUAUCACCAAUGGCUGAACACAUGCUGUUCAACACUUGCAAGUCGAAAUCCCAUCGCCUUUCACGGUUUUACUUACAUUAAACCGCAAAUGGUCGAACCAUUCGAUAACACGCAUCGAGGCAAGUAGAAGCAACAAAGAAAACUGCGAAUUACUGCACGUGGAGGCAGAAAUCACCGUGCUUGCUUAAUAGAUGAUGUCUGAACUCGAUCAACUAAGCUGAGACCAACUUUUGGCACUCCGGAAUCUAUCAGAUUGCUCUUCAGUUAGGAGCUAUAAAUUUGGUAUGUUUACUUGGCACGUUGCUGGAGUUACUCCCGAAGCGUUGGGGGGCAUUUUUCUCAGACGGCCGCGGUUUGGCCUUCGUCGGACGCGUUUGCCCUACCUUCGUGGAAGAAAGUUUUUAGAGAUUCCCUGAUAUCCUGAGAACGAAACGCGCUAGAACCUCGCCGACAAGGGAUUGGAAAAAUCAUAUAUAACUGCGUUGCAUGGACAUCAUUACUGAUCAGAACAACUGCAAUUAAGGCGCUAGACACGUAGAACCAGGAAAAAGCUCUUAACUAAGGCUCAUUCCGUUUCUGCGGGGCUAUGCGGACCGUCAGCAUGACAAAUGAAUUCAGUUGAACAAUCGACCCAACCUGACCUUUGGGUAACCUGACUAUGGGACCGUACAUUCAACAGAUAGACACGAUGCGAGACAUUUCAAGACAUGAAACCAUUUUACAACACAUGUGCCACAACAGACGUCCGAUGCAAAGUGCCCCAACGACAAAUUCAGUUCUUAUGAUCUCGAUAAAGAGGUAGUUAUCCUUGACCUUCAAUUACCAAGUACCCUCUUACAGCAUAACAAUAAAUAUUCACAACUGGGCUUCUGAGAAUUUCAGCAUCUUGCGUUAAGAUAUUUUUUCCCUUUUUCUUAAGUUCUUUUUUACGUUAAUCUAUUUUUCCGGAAGCUCUGUGAGGGCACAUCUGACGCUUCCCCGCCCGGUGAACGGGAAGCAGGAAAUGCCGGCGCAUCAAACUUCCAGUGAAAGCUAGUAUCCAUGGGUAAAACUUUCCAUACACUUUGAUCCCUGCGAUUUGCUCCAGAUGCUUUUUUAGAACUCUUACAUAGCGCCCAUGGAUGAUGUGUGAAUGUCAUCGUCUGUCGAUCCCAGGCUGCUCCCCUCCCUCUCCUGACGCAGUCUAACAAAUUCAGCCUCUGGCUUUGCCCGUAUAAACAUUAGAUAUGAAUGCAUUUAUCCAGAUACGGUAAGAUUGCGACCUACCAUAGCCGCAGGCACUAACAGAAACGUGCUGCUGCCGUCUAUGUAUCGCACACGACCUAUGUGUGACAGCCAACAGUGGCAGUCAUGUGUCUACAGUGAUGUAUUUGUAGCAAUAUAUGGUGUGCUGGUCUAGUCUCCGAUCGGACCGAAGAAUAGCGGCCGGGAUCCUCACCACUUCCUAUCACCCGGGAUGCUCGCCGUUUCCCCCAUCGCCCGAGAUCUUCACAGUUCCCCCUACGCCCGGGAUGCUCACCGUUCCCCAUCGCCUGGGAUCCUCACUGUUCCCCCAUCGCCCGAGAUCUUCACAGUUUCCCCCUACGCCGGGGAUGCUCACCGUUCCCCAUCGCCCGGGAUCUUCACAGUUCUCCCUACGCCCGGGAUGCUCACUGUUCCCCAUCGCCUGGGAUCCUCACCGUUCCCCCAUCGCCCGGGAUCUUCACAGUUCCCCUUACGCCCGGGAUCCUCACCGUUCCCUCAUCACCUGGAAUCCUCGCCGUUCUCUCAUCGUCUGGAAUCUUCACCGUUCUCCAUUACCCGAAACCCUCACCGUUCCCCCAUCGCCAGGGAUCCUCACCGUUCUCUCCUCGCCUGGGAUCCUCACCGUUCCCCCAUCGCCCGGGAUCCUCACCGUUCCCCAUCACCCGAGACCCUCACCGUUCCCCAUUGCCCGAGAUCCUCAGUUCCCCAUCGCCCGGGGUCCUCACUGUUCCCCCCAUUGCCCAGGAUUCUCACCGUUCUGAUGUAGUGCUCACACGUUGAACCAGCUGUUGUACUGAGCUUGUAAUGGUGUCUGCAUGAUGGGCUCGCUGAGGAAGGAGCCGCUGUGCCCAUCCUAGCAAGACGCUUCCUCCAGGGAAGACGUUGUCUGUUGUCUCGAGAGAUCAAAUAUACUUUCACUUCUGGUGGUUUCCCUUGUCACCAUUCCAUCGUAUGACAGGUUACGUUGUAUAUGCUGUCCGAAGCAUUACCUUGGUUGGACGUGUCAGCUUUCCCUGAGACAAUAAAGUUGUACAAACCUGCA